AUGCACGGGGCCGCCCGCGCUGCAGCCACCAGCGUGAGCGCCGACUGCUGCAUCCCAGCCGGCCUGCUCCUCGGGCCGGUGCCCGGCACCUUCAAGCUGGGCAAGUACCUGUCAGACCGCAGGGAGCCCGGGCCCAAGAAAAAGGUGCGCAUGGUGAGAGGCGAGCUGGUGGACGAGUCGGGGGGCUCCCCUCUGGAGUGGAUAGGGCUAAUCCGGGCAGCCAGGAACUCUCAGGAACAGACUCUGGAGGCUAUUGCAGACUUACCCGGAGGACAGAUCUUCUACCGAGCGCUUCGAGACGUUCAGCCAGGGGAAGAACUGACUGUGUGGUAUUCCAACUCUUUGGCUCAGUGGUUUGACAUCCCGACAACAGCAACUCCGACACACGAUGAGAAAGGGGAGGAGCGCUACAUUUGCUGGUACUGCUGGAGGACUUUUAGAUACCCCAAUAGCCUUAAGGCUCACCUACGUUUCCACUGCGUGCUCAGCGGCGGCGGCGGCCGCGCCUCCCUGCACCACGAACACGCCGCUCGCCAAGGCGCUGCCCAGGCCCCGGAUGGCCUCCGCCUCUCCCCGAAGCCCUCGGCGCUCGACUUCGCCGGCACGGUCACUACGGACACCCUGCGGCCCCAUCAGCAGGCCCAGCCGCCCCCUCAGUCUUGUGGGACGCGGGAGGCCAUUAAGCGCGAGACUUCCUCCGGACCCUCAGCCACCUCGCCGCCCCCGGGCAAGUGGGGGCCACCCAAGAAGGGCAAGGAGCAACCGGAGCGCGCCCUGGACACGAGCGGGGCCGCCCACGGACCCUUCCUCGGCAUCGUGGGUGGCUCCCCAGUGGGGGGCGGUGGCCUGGCCUUCUACCCUGGAGUGCGCUCCGCCUUUAAACCCGCGGGCUUAGCCAGGACGGCCACUGCCGCGCACGGCGACCCCUAUCGGGAAGAGGGCACUGGCAAAUCGGGGACCGGCCUGGCCUUGGGCAGGCUGCUGGUCGGGGGCCGGGCGGGUGGGCGCCCCCGGAGCAGGGAGAGCCCGGCUGCGAGUGGCGCCAACCACCACCAUCACCACCAUGCGCACCACCACCAUCACCACCCCAAGUGUCUGCUCUCGGGGGACCCGCCACCGCCCCCCGGCCUACCCUGCUCAGGAGCUCUGCGCGGCUUUCCUUUGCUCCCAGGACCCCCGGAUGAGGCAUCCGCCUUCAAGCACCUGGAGCGCGACCCACCCGCCGCUGCCGCGCUUCCCGGCGCGCGUUAUGCGCAGCUGCCCCCAGCUGCCGGGCUGCCCCUCGAGCGCUGCGCGCUGCCGCCCCUCGAUGCUGGCGGGCUCAAGUCCUACCCAGGUGGCGAGUGCAGCCACCUGCCCGCCGUAAUGCCAGCGUUCACCGUCUACAACGGGGAGCUGCUCUACGGCUCCCCAGCCGCCGCCGCUUACUACCCGCUCAAACUGCACUUCGGCGGACUGCUCAAGUACCCGGAAUCCAUCCCUUAUUUCAGCGGGCCUGCGGCGGCGGCUGCGGCGGCUGCAGCAGCGGCGGCAGCGGCCGCCCUGAGCCCCGCUGAGCUGGGCUCGCUGGCCAGCAUCGACCGGGAGAUCGCGAUGCACACGCAGCAGCUGUCGGAGAUGGCGGCCGGGAAGGGUCGCGGUCGCCUGGAAGCGGGGGCGCUGCCACCGGCUGUUGUGGCCGGCGGCCCAGGGGGCGGCGGCAGCGGGGGCGGCGGCGUGGGCAAGCCCAAGACCGGUCACCUGUGCCUCUACUGUGGCAAGCUGUACUCGCGCAAGUACGGGCUCAAGAUUCACAUGCGGACACACACCGGCUACAAGCCGCUGAAGUGCAAAGUGUGCCUGCGGCCGUUCGGCGACCCCAGCAACCUCAACAAGCACAUCCGGCUGCACGCUGAGGGCAACACGCCCUACCGAUGUGAGUUCUGCGGCAAGGUACUGGUGCGCCGCCGGGAUCUGGAGCGCCACGUCAAGUCCCGCCACCCUGGCCAAAGCCUGCUUGCUAAGGCAGGCGACGGCCCGGGCGCCGAGCCCGGCUACCCCCUGGAGCCCGGGGAGCCCAAAAGUGACAACGACAGCGACGUGGAUGUCUGUUUCACGGACGACCAGAGCGACACAGAAGCCGGAGGCGGCGUCGAGCGCGACUAG